AUGGAUUCCACAAGCCCCAAUCCCGGUCACUCUCACAGUCAUAGUCGCAAUAUCUCAAGGUCUUCUCGACCUCGUAGUUCCACCAGAGGACCUCUGGAUGGCCCGGACGAUCCCUUAAGCUUACUGGGUACGCCGCAGAAAUCAAGUGUGACCGACCGUGGUGGCUUCUCCGGGGAAUCAUUUAAUGCUCUGGAUCCGCUAGUUCCAGACGAAUUGCCCGCGGACUCGGUGAAGGACCUGUCGUACCUUCUGCGCUAUGAUGUCUAUCACUCUCUGUCGCAGGUCGACAUCCCGCCCGCAUUGCGCGCGGAGUUUGUUGCGCCCGCAUCGGAUGAGUCGUUGACCCAAACCCUCGGCACGCUGGAGAAAUUGCUAUCAGAGGGCCAUUUUCUGCUGGCAGCCUACCUCAGUGGAACUAUUCUGACCUCUUCAUCAAUUCCCCCUACCAACAUCAAGCUCAUCUUCUCGCUUUUCUACACGCGGCUAGCGUGUCUGGAGCUGUCGGGCAACCCUGUCAUUGCCGCGCAGGAAUCCAAAGCCCUCGAGGAUCUGAGCUCAACAUUCUACUACACAGAGCCACAGCCCGAGACUUCGGAGCCGGAUCAGAAGCGUCCGACAUACCCGCGUCAUAUUGUACCAUGGCCCCUACGGGUGCUGGCUGUCCGACUUCAAAGUAUCGGCUUUGGCGACCCACGCAGAGGCAUCGGCGGACUCUUCGAGAUCGGCCUGGAAGCUAGGAGGGAAAUUAUGCGACCGGACAUAUCCCCGGAAGAACGACAAAUCUGGAAGGAGAGGUUGUCAGAUCUAGGAAUCAGGAGCGUGAAUGCCCUUAUCGAGAUGGGCGAUUUCAAUGCAGCCAGAAGAUCGUUGCACAGCUUGCAAACGUCCCGUACUGAAAGCGAACUCCACAAAAUGAGAAAAGCGCUUCUUUAUCUUCUGAUUGGCGACCUCGAUGCCGCACAGAAGCUUGCUCGUGAAUCGGACGACACAGGGGCCAUCUAUCCACCCCUUCUCAGUAUGGCCGAGGGUCGAUAUGGCGACGCGGUAUCUGAGUGGAAAGCGCUUCUAGAUAAUGGCACCAAAAGGCCCGACGAGGCGAUGAUCUCACAAAACAUGGCAGUCUGUCUACUGUACACAGGGCGAUUGAACGAGGCCCGGGAAGUUUUAGAAUCCUUGGUUCAAACGAAUCAAUCUUUCUAUAGUUUGGUGUUCAACCUGUCGACUGUCUACGAGCUCUGUUCGGACAAGGCUGAUAAGUUGAAGACCACGCUCGUGGACACCGUCGCUCAACAACCGGUUACUGGAGACGUCAAUUUGGAUCGUCCGAAUGUGGAUUUCAAGUUGUGA